UAGAUCUUCGUGUGUUAUUCUUGAAGACUUCCUGGAUCGGGGCGAUUGAUUGAAAUACUUAUAAGUUCAAACCUCUGAUGUCCAGUGAAUAAUCAUGAAACGACAUCUAGAAGAGCAAGGAGAGCCAGUGUUUCCUGGUCGGCGUAUGGAGCAGGGUGCAGCAGGGUACCAGCACCCCCGUAUCCUGGCCCCAGCCCCAGCACACGCCUCUGUGUACGACCUGCCCACCGGUGCAGGAGAGAACAUGCCAGGCAGUCUGCAGUAUCCUGCUGUACAGGGCUAUCAGGUUGCAUCAGUGAGUCAGUCAGGAGCUGCGACUCACCACUCCCACCCUGCUGUCGUCCAUGCCACGCCCCACCAGGCUCAGCAACAGGCGCACCAGCAGCAGGGGCUGCACCAGGCACAUGCUCACACACAGGCACACGUAGCCCUGGUUGGGCAGCAGCAACAACAACAGCAGCAACAGCACCAGCAGCAACAGCAGCAGUUCCAGCGACUCAAGGUGGAGGAUGCCCUGUCUUACCUAGAUCAGGUCAAGCUGCAGUUCGGCAACCAGCCACAAGUCUAUAACGACUUCCUGGACAUUAUGAAGGAGUUCAAGUCACAAAGUAUUGACACUCCCGGUGUCAUCAACCGGGUGUCCAACCUGUUUAAAGGCCACCCAGACUUGAUCGUGGGCUUCAACACCUUCCUGCCGCCGGGGUACAAGAUCGAGGUCCAGACGUCCGACGGACAGGUGAGCGUAAGCAGCCCCGGGGGAAACACGACGCUGACUCACGCUGGGAUCCCGCGCCCACAGACACCAGUCAUGACUCAGCAACAACCUGUGCAACAUUCGCCAACCCAACAGCAGCCUCCCAGCCAGAGCCAGGCGUCGUUCCCCCCUGUACAGCAGACUAGUGCAGGUCCCACCAUGGUCCAGGCACCCCAGCUCAGCUCAUCACCUAACACACAGGGCAGCCAACCUGUGGAGUUCAACCAUGCUAUCAACUAUGUCAACAAGAUUAAGAACCGUUUCCAAGGCCAGCCGGACAUCUACAAGGCUUUCCUGGAAAUACUUCACACAUACCAGAAGGAGCAGAGAAACAUCAAAGAGGGCUAUGCCACAGCCCCUACCCUGACAGAAGCAGAAGUGUAUGCUCAAGUGGCAAAGCUGUUCCAGAACCAGGAAGACUUGCUGGCAGAAUUUGGCCAGUUCCUCCCUGAUGCCAAUGCUGCAGCAGCUCAGUUUGUAAGUGCUGCUCAGUUUGCUGCCCAACAGCGAGAGGUACAACAGAGGGAGGCACAGGUCAGAAAUGACCACGGCUCGACGGUCAAGAAACAGAGCAGCUUCAGUAAGGCACAGAGAGGGAACCACGUGCGCCGGCCGGGCGGGCCCAUGGGCUCCGUACCGCCCAAGAAAAUGAAGACAGGACUCAAAGACAUCUCCCUAGCAGAAGCAGGCAAGCAUGGCACACUGACAGAGUUUGCCUUCUUUGACAAGGUGAGGAAGGCUCUCCACAGUCAGGAUGUGUAUGAGAACUUCCUGCGAUGUCUGGUCUUGUUCAACCAGGAAGUAAUCUCCAGGGCAGAGCUGGUGCAGCUCGUCACUCCUUUCUUAGGAAAAUUCCCCGAGCUCUUCAACUGGUUUAAGCAGUUCCUGGGGUAUCAGGAGUCAGACCGUAUCGAAGCUCUCCCCAUGAAGAGUGAGAAGGGGUCAGAGGGCAAACACAUGGAGAUAGAUUAUUCCUCAUGCAAGCGGCUUGGCUCAAGUUACCGUGCUCUGCCCAAGUCCUUCACACAGCCUAAGUGCAGUGGCAGAACAGUCCUCUGUAAACAGGUGUUAAACGACACGUGGGUGUCCUUCCCCUCCUGGUCUGAAGACUCCACGUUUGUGACGUCCCGCAAAACCCAGUAUGAGGAACACAUCUACAGGUGUGAGGACGAGAGAUACGAGCUGGAUGUGGUGUUGGAAACAAACCUGUCCACCAUCCGUGUGCUGGAGGCUGUUCAGAAGAAGCUGUCUCGGAUGUCGUCGGAGGAGGCCGCCAAGUUUCGCCUGGACUCCUGUCUCGGAGGGACAUCAGAGGUCAUCCAUCGGAAAGCCAUUCAGAGAAUAUAUGGAGACAAAGCUCCGGAUAUCAUCGAAGGUCUGAGGAAGAACCCAGCUGUUGCCGUACCAUUGGUCCUACGCAGGCUGAAAGCUAAGGAAGAGGAGUGGAGGGAAGCCAAGCGUGGGUUUGACAAGAUCUGGCGAGAACAGAAUGAGAAGUACUACCUGAAGAGUCUGGACCACCAGGGCAUCAACUUCAAACAGACCGACUCCAAGGCACUCCGCUCCAAGAGCUUCCUCAACGAAAUCGAAACCAUAUUUGAUGAGAGACAGGAAGCAGCGGCAGAGGGCGCCGGUGACGUGAGCGGGGCGCACAUCGUGCUGACGUACCAGGACACGGGGAUCAUGGACGACGCGGCGGGACUGGUGGUGUACCACAUGAAACGGCAGACCAGCAUUCACAAGGAGGACAAACAGAAAAUCAAAUGGCUGUUGUACCAGUUCCUGCCGGACUUCUUCUACCUGCCUCGAGGCAAACUGAGCGAUGAUGAGAUGGAGGACAGGGAUGAUGAUGGUGAGGCUGAAGCCUGUAGGAACCUGGCAGCCCUGAAGCAGGCCAUCAUCAGCCCCCCUCCACUGUCGACUAUGGGAGCCAAACCUCCGCUCAGGGGACUGGACCCGGACGGCUGCUCGCUGCUGCUGGGGAACAACAACUGGUACCUGUUCCUGCGGCUGCACCACAUCCUGUGUGAGCGGCUGCUGAAGGUGUACAAGCAGGCCAUGCUCAUCGCUGAGCAGGAGGGCAGAGGGCAGCGCCGCCACGAGUCAACCGCUGUGGCCCUGCGGCUGAAGGCAUCCUCUGACAUUGACCCAGAAGAAUACUACCCUGUGUUUCUGGAGAUGGUGAGGAACCUGUUAGAUGGAAACCUGGAGCCCACACAGUAUGAGGACCAGCUGAGGGAGAUGUUUGGCAUCCAUGCCUACAUCACCUUUACUAUGGACAAACUCAUCCAGAACAUUGUUAGACAGCUGCAGCACCUGGCAUCAGACGAGGUGUGUUUACAGCUGACAGACCUGCACCUGCAGGAGGUGCGGACAGGUGGCCUGCAGCCGUCCGCAGACACAGCAAACACGGGGCAGGUGGAGCUGGCCUAUCAGCACAAAGCUGAGCAGAUCGUCGCAGAUGAGAACCUCUUCAGGAUUGUCUAUAUCCCUGCUGCGCACAAGCUGACUCUGGAACUACUGGACACAGAAGGGGACCAGUCUGAUGACCCUGUGGAAGUGGAGAAGUGGUCGGACUAUGUGGAUAAGUAUGUGAAUAACGAGACUCCAGUUGCACCAGACCUGCGACAACAGAUGUCCAAGAAACCAGUCUUCCUGCCCAGAAACAUCCGUCAGACUCAGAGACAGCAUGCAGAACAGGAGGGACCUGGUGAUGAGGUGGGGAAGUGGGACAAUCCACUGGGAGGGGUGGAGGUAAAGGCAAACAUGGAGUGCAAGUUCAACCUGAAUUCUUACAAGAUGGUUUACGUCGUCAACUCUGAGGACUACAUGUAUCGGCGCACAGCCAUCAGACGAGCAAGAGAGUCUCACAGACAGGUGUUCAGGGUCAUGCACAAGAGAUUCUCUCACUGGUGGAACAACUGGCAGAAGGAGCAUGUCAGUCCUGCUGAGGAGGCCCAGACUCAGGACUGGUUGUUGGGCCGUGUGGAUGGCCUGGUGCCCUGCCAGACCUCCAGCCGACCACAGGCCAUGGAGAACUGUCACUACACCAAGUACGUGGUGGAGUAUGGGCCCCAGGAACAGACGUGAAGCUAGUCUAUUCAACAGUCUUAUCCCUUGUACAUAGAGCAUAGACUUAACAAAACCAACGAACUGAACAAUACCAGAACACAAACUCUGAUAGGUUUAUUCAACUUUUUAGGAAAUGUUACCCUACAAGACCACUCAAGGGCCAUUUAAAACCUACUCUAUGUGGACAGGUGGUAAAUAUUGACAGGAUUCGUAAUGCUUGUGUCGAGGAAAAUAUAUCUAAAGGAUUACCAAAAAGUGGUCACAUUGGCCAGGUGGUCCUUGUGUAGAGUCGAUCACUUGUAUAGCUUCAUUAUUGUCCAUAUAUCACAAAAAAAGGACACUGAAGUUGUAGGUACUUCAGUCAUUUUGUUGUGUUGUAAUAGUUAUCCAUCCCUGUCUUUCUCAGUGGAGAUACAACAAAGACAGUAACAGCUGGCAGUUUCUAUUCCCAAUGUGUUAUGAUCCAUUCCAGUUCUGUUUUAAAGUAUCUUUAGACUUGGUGGAAGAUGUAUAAAGGAACAUGAUGAAGAUAGUAGGAGACAUGGGCACACAGCUGUAAAAAUGUUAAGAAAACCAGUCAUGUUACUACAAGUAUUGAGUCAGUUAGAUUAUGGUAGAUCUAAGAGUAGAGUUUCCAAGUGAAAGUGUUUAUUAAAUGUAAGAAGAAUGAGAGUUGGAAAGUAAGGUCCAGGACCAUGUAUAUUCCAGCAUAUCUUCAUGUACUUCAAGCUUAUUAAAAACAAAGAACUUUUAUGCUGUUGAAA